AUGUUUAAAUAAUUUGGCUAAUUAUGGAAAUUAUUCAUUAGACCUCCUAGAUAAAACUAUUCCACAAUUGACUUAGGUUCUCCAGAAAAUCAAUAUGGAUAAUUUAAAAUGAAGAGAACAGACUCUUAUAUAAUUAAUAAAAAAAAAUAAAAAAUACAAUAUUCGUUAUAUGAACCUUUAGGUAUAUAGAAAAAAUAUUCCUGUGUAAUAUAUUGUCAUUGUAAUAGCGGAUCAAGGUUGGAAUCAACUUAAAUUGUUCCACAUUUAAUUAAAAGAGGUUUAGCUUUAUUAACUUUUGAUUUUACUGGAAGUGGAUUAUCGGAUGGGGAAUAUGUUACUUUAGGUAAAUAUGAAAGUGAGGAUUUGGAAUGUAUUAUAAAUUAUGUAAAAACUAUUGAGAAAAUUAAAAAUAUUGCUUUAUGGGGUAGAAGUAUGGGCGCUGUCACUAAUUUCUUAUACUUAAGUAAACCGAACUCAAUGAAAAAAAUAAAAGGUGUUAUAUUUGACAGUGGAUUUGCGAAUUUAAAUACUCUAGCAUUAGAUAUUGCCAAAGAAAAAACUUCAGUUCCCAAUAUUUUAAUAAACGCUAUAUUAUCAUUAAUAGGUGACUAAAUUAUAUAAAGAUUUCAAAUUAUCUAAUAAGUUAUAAACUAGUUGCUAUGA